GCGCCGCGCGCGCGAGGGUCCGCGGGUCGGUGUCCUGACCGUGAUCUCGCGCCCGGCUCGCCGUCCCCCGGCGUCAGGACAACUGGUGGCCUCCCAGGGGCCGGGCCCCCGCCCCGCAGGUCCCGGCGCCCAUGGCGUCUCCCUCGGGGGCGGACGCCAGCCGCAGGCGGCGGGAGCAGCGGCGGCAGCUGGACGCGCGCCGCAGCAAGUGCCGCAUCCGGCUGGGCGGCCACAUGGAGCGGUGGUGCCUGCUCAAGGAGCGGCUGGGCUUCGCGCUGCAUUCGCAGCUCGCCAAGUUCCUGCUGGACCGGUACACCUCCUCAGGCUGCAUCCUCUGUGCAGGUCCUGAGCCAGUGCCCCCCAAGGGUCUGCAGUAUCUGGUGCUCUUGUCGCACGCCCACAGCCGCGAGUGCAGCUUGGUGCCCGGCCUUCGGGGGCCUGGGGGUGACGACGGGGGGCUUGUGUGGGAGUGCUCAGCAGGCCACACCUUCUCCUGGGGACCCUCUUUGGGCCCUUCACCUCCAGAGGAGCCCAAGCCAGCGCCCCUCGCACGCACUGCCCAGAGCAGCUGGUGUCCUGCGGCCAGGAGCAGGCGGCAGCCUGAAGACUGGGAACCCGAGCAUGAAGAGCGGACUCAAGAGGCGGGGCUGCCCAGGCAGGGAGAGCAGCAGGGCGAGGAGGAAGAGGACGGCGAGGAGGAAGAGGAGAUGCUGAGUGAUGCCAGCCCCUGGACCUACAGCUCCACAGAUGACAGCGACCCAGAUGCCCCCAGACCACGCCCCUCCCCUGCCACCCUCACGCCGGGUGAGGAGGAGGCACCCCCAGCCCCUGCAGCGCCCCCUGCUCCUGCUACGCUCUCUUCACCAGCAUCCCCCCUGGGUUCCGGAGCUCCUGUGCCGUCAGAAGUCAGGGUGCAGCUGGAGCAUGACGGGGCCCCUCGAGCAGCCCAGCAGAGCGAGCCCCUGGCCAGCCCUGGAAGCCAGGCCCCAUCUGCUCGGAGCCCAGCCUGGGAUGAGGACACUGCACAGAUCGGUCCCAAGAGAAUCAGGAAAGCUGCCAGGAGGGAGCUGAUGCCUUGUGACUUCCCUGGCUGUGGAAAGAUCUUCUCCAACCGGCAGUAUCUGAAUCACCACAAGAAAUACCAGCACAUCCAGCAGAAGUCCUUCUCCUGCCCGGAGCCGGCCUGCGGGAAGUCCUUCAACUUCAAGAAGCACCUCAAGGAGCACGUGAAGCUGCACAGCGACACCCGGGACUACAUCUGUGAGUUCUGUGCCCGGUCUUUCCGAACCAGCAGCAACCUGGUCAUCCACAGACGCAUCCACACAGGAGAGAAGCCCCUGCAGUGUGAGAUCUGCGGGUUCACCUGCCGCCAAAAGGCCUCCCUCAACUGGCACCGGCGCAAGCAUGCGGAGACGGCAGCCGCCUUGCGCUUCCCCUGUGAGUUCUGCGGCAAGCGCUUUGAGAAGCCGGACAGUGUCGCAGCGCACCGCAGCAAAAGUCACCCGGCCCUGCUCCUGGCCCCACCAGAGUCAUCUGGGCCCGAGGAACCCUGCCCCAGCCACUCUGCCCCCGAGCCCCUGGGUGCCACCAGAGGGCCCAGGCCCCCUCAGGCUCCAACCCUGCUCCCCCAGCAAUGAGCUGUCCCCUCAACUGGGGAGCCAGACCCCCAGGUUGGAAAAGGAUCCAGGAGGAGAGGGGCCAGAAGAGAAUGCCAGGUGCCUGGGCCCUGGGACCACAGUGGCCGGGAACCCAGGGCAGCUUGGUCUUGGACAAGGACAGAAUAAACCGCGUUGUUCCUGGGCACGUGUGGCCAACCGGGUUGUUUUGGCACCUGAGGUGCAGGCCCUUUUCCACGCUUGCCCUGCCCCAAGGGCCAGGUUUCCGACGCACGCUGGCACUUUCCAGUGCGACCGUGAGGAGGGUGCUGGUUGCCCAGGGGGACGCCGAGCAGGAGGAGGCAUGCAAUCUGGGGCUGCAUUGUACUGGCCAUCAGCUUCUCACGGCACGGAAGCAAGGAGUCCUGCGUGCAAGAGGCUGUGCUGCCGUGGGAAGGGACAAGACCUUUAACUGCCAGAGAACCUGGCGUCUGUGGAGACGGCUGCCUGAAGGUUCAGAGGGGCUCUCGGAAUCUCAAACCCAAACAAGUCUUUAUUUCACCAGCCGUAUGCCAACGGUCACUGGACACCUGCAGGCCUCUUCCCUCCCGCCCCUCCCCUCUGGCUUGGAAACCUCUGGCACUCAUUGACAGCGGCCCACACGGUCUGGCCGGGGUCAUGGAGCAGAUAGCUCUCUGCUGACUGCAGGAGGCUGACCCCAGAGCCCCUGGGUCUGCCGGCUGCUUCCCAGAUGCUGGGGAGGAAGCAGGAUGACCAGGUGAGAUCAAGAGGCUGGUGAGACGGACUGCGGCACAUCUGCUGGACACCUGAGGAGGUGGGCACAGCACAGGCACGGGAAAGGGGAGGUGGAGACAGGCUGAAAUUAGGAAAGGCCCGGGGAGAUAGAGAGGGCAGGCAGGAAAGCCGGAAGCAAACAGUGCAGGGUGGCAGCAGGGGAUGCACUCGGACCCUGACUCCCUGCACCCACACCCCCUUGAGAGAAGCCAAGAACGUAAGGACCGGGUGGGCGCAGAACUGCCGGGGAGGGAGGUGCAGAGGCAGGAGAGCCCAGGGAAGGGCCACCUGUGGAGUCCCUUCCCAAGCCUGCAGCUGCCUGCAGUUGUCCUGGCCUCCCUGUGGCCUCAGCAAGUCCCCCUCCAUGGGGACGCAAAGAGCCCUGGCUUUUCCUGUAGGGCUGG